GCUGGCUUGGCUUUGUUGAUGUGAACCGUUUUCCAUUUUUCUUCACUUAAUUGUUGAAAGAAAGAGUAAUACGUGCGCAAUUUAUGCUUCCGCGAAGGUCGUACGGUUCGGUUCUCUAGGUUUACAAGUUCCCGGUGCUGCUGGAACCGUAGGAGAAUCCCAUCCACCGUCCCAGCAUAGGCAACGAUGUCGAAGCGAUCGGCAGAGGAAACGGCCGGUGGUGGCAGCGGUACGGUGGGUGGUGCUGCAGGUACAGGUGGCGCUGGUGGCCUGCAGCCACCGAUCAAGAAGGUACACUUCGAACCACACCUUAUCGGACCGAUUUCCACGCUGGAAGAGUUAGACAUCAAGGUGCUGAAGUUCCAAAACAAAAAGCUGGCCCAGCGGAUCGAACAGCGGAUACGAUGCGAAUCGGAACUACGGUCACGUAUCGAGCAGCUGGAAAAGCGUCAAACGCAGGACGACGCCGUACUAAACGUGGUGAAUCGCUACUGGAAUCAGCUGAAUGAAGACAUUCGCGUUCUUCUACAACGUUUCGACGCGGAAACGGCGGACGAAUCGGAAAACAAAAAUGAGAACGAGGUGACGACCUCUUUUCUCAUGCAGCUAUCGACCUGGGAUAAGGAGGAGCUCGAUGACAAGCUGGCGAACCGAGUGCAGGUUUCGAAGCGUGCCGUGGCCAAAAUCGUGCAGGUAUUCGACCGGUUAAUGCAGCGUAACGAGAAGCUGAUGCUAGCGAUGAAAGGUGAAUCGGAGGACGGCAAAUCGCCGGCCAUGGCACCGCCCGAUCUGGACGAAUCCCUUCGCCAAACGUACAUUGACGUGAUGGCGGAGAAUCGUAACCUGCAGACACAGAACACGCUGCUGCACGAAAAGUUUCACACAAUAUCGCUGAAAAUGAGCGAGUAUCAGGAUAUGCUAAACGGCAAAGAAACAGAGGCGGCAGAACUACGCAACCAGAUCGACGAUCUACAGUACGAGCUGGAGAAGGUGAGGUGUCGUAACGAUAAGCUGGAGAACCAUCUUGCCGAGGCGAUCGAGAAGUUGAAAGCGUAUCAUCAACUGCACGGAGGUGAUCCGCUAAGUGGUGGCGCAGGUAGCGGUGAUUCCGGGCGGCAAUCUUCCUCGGCUGGCGGUGGUUCGAGAGGGUCCGGCUCGAUGACGAGUGUGGCUGCCCAGCACCUGGAAGAUCUGCAAAAAGAGCUAGAGGAAUACAAGGAACUAUCGAACAACCGGUUGCAGGAACUGGACAAACUGCAUUUGCAGCACCGCGAAGCGCUAAAAGAGGUGGAGAAGUUAAAAAUGGAUAUCCGACAGCUGCCGGAAUCGGUAAUUGUCGAGACGACCGAGUACAAGUGUUUGCAGUCACAGUUCUCGGUGCUGUAUAACGAAUCGAUGCAGAUCAAAACGCUGCUAGACGAAAGCCGGAAUCAACUGCAAUCGAGUAAGAAUCAGCACCUACGCCAGAUCGAGAUGAUGGAAAGUGAGGAACUGAUAGCGCAGAAGCGGGUCCGCAGUGACAUGAUCCAGAUGGAGGACGUCAUGUCGCAGAUCCGGAAAGAGUACGAGAUGCUGCGGAUCGAAUUCGAACAAAACAUGGCGGCGAACGAACAGACGGCCCCGAUAAAUCACGAGAUGCGCCAUCUCAUCCUGUCGCUGCAAAAUCACAACGGCCAGCUGAAAGGUGAGGUGCAGCGCUACAAGAAAAAGUACAAAGACGUGUCCGCGGACAACGGGAAACUGCGGAAAGAACUGGAGGAACAGACGACUAAGGUGACCAUGAUACAGGAAGCCCAUCAACAGCUGGCGGAUUCGAUCAAGAUGGAAAACUGUCUCUCGAUGCGAGAUGCCGGUGGUGGCGGUGCCGCCGUUAAGGAGGAAUCCGGCGGAUUACUGCUCGAACGCGAUGGUCAGUGCGCGAUCAAGGAGGAGGAUCCGAAUGGAUCGAUCAAUUCGUGUGGCACCGGUGGACUGGGUGGAACUAGUGGCAGUGGCGGCUCGCUGACGAGGUCCGAUUCCGGCGAGGAGGGUGAAAUGGAUGCGAACGGUAUCAAGCGGGAGGAGAUUAUGGGACCGGACGGGAUGAUGGUGGUAAAGAAGGAAGGAUCGAUCGGAGCGGCAGGCGGUGGCAGUCUCGGGAUGGACGGGAAAGCAAACGGGCCCGCCGAUCAUCAUCGGGGCGUGAAGUGUGCCGAGUCCGAUCUGGUGCGCGACCUGCGCAAUCAGCUGAAGAAAGCUUUAAACGAUCAGAAAGAGAUGAAGCUACUGCUGGAUAUGUACAAGGGUGUGCCGAAGGAGCAGCGGGACAAGGUACAGCUGAUGGCAUCGGAGAAGAAAAAGUGCGCCGAAAUUGAGGACCUCAAGUGUCAGAUGAAGAAGCUGCAGGAGAGCAAACGAGAAGACCGGAAGAAGCUGGCGGAUGAGGAAGCGUUGCGGAAGAUCAAGCAACUGGAGGAGCAGAAGUACGAGCUGCAGAAGCAGGUUCAGAACCAGAAGCAACCUCCGGACAGCAGCUGGACCACCGGCUAUCGACCAUUUGAAGAAGAGGCCCUCCUGAACGAAAUGGAAGUGACCGGGCAGGCGUUCGAAGAUAUGCAAGAGCAAAACUCAAGACUGAUACAACAGUUGCGCGAAAAGGAUGAUGCAAACUUUAAGCUGAUGUCCGAUCGAAUUAAAGCCAAUCAGAUGCACAAGCUGCUCAGGGAGGAAAAGCAACUGCUUGAAGAUCAGGUAUCAACACGAGAUAGUCAAAUCGAAGCGAUGCACGUCGUAUUACGAAAGCUCGAGGAAAAAGAACGCAUACUGCAGAACACGGUCACAACGAUCGAGAAGGAGCUGGUCGCACGCCAGCAAGCUAUGGAGAUGCACAAGCGGAAAGCUAUCGAAUCGGCCCAGUCGGCGGCUGACCUGAAGCUACAUCUGGAGAAAUAUCACGCCCAGAUGAAGGAGGCGCAGCAAGUAGUGGCGGAAAAGACGAGUUCGCUAGAGGCGGAAGCGUACAAAACGAAGCGGCUGCAAGAGGAGCUAGCCCAGUUCAAACGCAAGGCGGAGCGCAUGAAGAAGAUCGAAAUGUCCGGCACGACGAUCGACGAGGUGAUGCUGGAGGAAAUCCGCGAGUACAAGGAAACGCUCACCUGCCCAUCCUGCAAGGUGAAACGAAAGGAUGCGGUCUUGUCCAAAUGUUUCCACGUGUUUUGCUACGACUGUCUGCGCACGAGGUACGAGACGCGCCAGCGCAAAUGCCCGAAAUGCAACUGUGCAUUUGGUGCGAACGAUUACCACCGGCUGUAUCUGUCAACGUAAGGCUGUUCCCGCAGGUGUGUCCCUCUGUGAAUGUGUGAGUGUGUGUAUGCGAGCGCGUUUGUUUCCGUAUGUCCGUGUGUGUGCGUGAUUCUAAGGGAAUCUGGUCUCCUAUCCUACCCUCCAACUUCUGGUGUCUGUUUCCGGUAUUUCCCUAGCACUAAGGGAAUUCUUCCUCUUGCUCGAAGGAAGUGUAUGCGCGGUACUUUCGGACUAGAAACAAUAUCCGCCUAUUGUAAAGUAUGUACAGUCUGAAUCUGUUCCCGGGAAGAGUGUCCUUUCACUGAAGAAAGGAGCCACGUAAAAGCCAAGUUUAUAAAGUCCCAAAUCUAGGAAACCUUUGGAAGCGGUCGAACCUCUCCGACACUGUUAUUUGCUACUAGCCGUGUAUAAUGGCCUCAUGUUUUAACUACCCCCUAUAUCAGUCGAAUCUAUUUCAGCAGCAGAAGAAACCAAGCAUUGCUAGAAAUACACGGUCUAGCAAAGAUAUUGAGAUAGGGGGUAAACCAAUUCCAAGACUCUAGUGCUGAAACCCACGAUCGUUAGCGAUCUGUGCGUGAUCAACAAGCAACAAUUUACGCUAAAAACCAUUACAUUAUUAGGGAAAGGAUUUUCUGAUAAGUUUUGCUAGUCUAUUCAUAGGCCGCUUCUCGAUAGACGGGCUGCACUGCCUCCCGUGAUCUAGAUAGAAUUCAUGCUGCAUUGUAUUUUUUAUAUUUUUAUCUACUUUAGAUCCCCAAAACUCCUUCCUACAUAUUUUUUUAUAUUGUUGUAACGCCUUUUAUACCUUCCGUUGAAGACAAAACAUAUUUGGAACAAAACCCUCCAUCUCAUGGUCAUUGUGCAAAUGGUUCUUACACCACUGUUGAAUAUGUCCUGCCACUCGGGAUCUGUUGUAUUUCUUCCCCAAAAUCCUCCCUCCCUUCGUUAUCCUGUUCCGUGUGUACGAUCUGUACGGAUUCAACCUGAAUUGAACACCCUAGACUUAUUUCUUGGACAAGUAGAAAUGGAUACUAAGAAAUAGCUCUCUACCUCAGCCUCAACCGGAGUGUGUACGGAAGCCAUAUUGGAGAGUACUGUCUGUGAGUGCGUUGGCCGGACGUGUGACGCAUAGGAAGCAGUCUGUUGCAACUACUAGCCGUUAAAAAAAAAAGUAAGCUCGAAAACAGGUGCAAUUGUGCAAGAAUAGGUUAUGCGAAUCGAAAAACUAGACGAUAAGAACUUUUCAUAAAAUAUCCUUCCUACGUCUUCUAGCGUGUAAAAGUACAAUAGAGAUUAGUGUUAGGGAAGUAUUACACCGGACAAGUAGAAAAAACAAAUACAAUCAACUGUCAGCAGCGUUGUUUUAAGGACCGAGCAUAAAGAAAACUCAAACGUACUGUGUAUAGGACAAUUUUAGAGUAACUCUUCUAAUCUCCUACCCCAUCCUUGGUUCGGAUUUCAUGAGGAACCAUUACAGAUUUUAGAAUGUUCCGGUCUAAUUCCAGAUGGAAGGAUUGCAUAUCUCGAUAUUUCUUUUCCAAGUCGUUUAUAUAGCCUGAAGGAUUCAAACCUACAUUGGUGGUGGAACCUUAUACAGAACAAGGAUGUAGGUCCAAAGCGGAUAGCAUUGUUAAAACUUUCCAAUAAACUAGUAAAGAAGCAAAUUUGUCACACGGCUUAGCGCUACAAAUAGCUAUUCACUAAAGUAGCGCUUUAGUACUAAUGCUACUGACGUGAAGGACAAAAUCGGCUUAUUUACAGCAUAUUUGUGAGCUUUAACAAGGCUGUGGAAGAGCAGGGCGAUAUCAUUGUCCAAACAACAGCAAAUCCAUUGUAGCAAUGGGAGAAUGAGAAUUGGUAACGCGUUGCUAUGCGGUAGACAGUCUUCACUAUGCUAGUCACAACCGACCGAUGCAGUCACAGCCAGGUUCGAAAUUCCGUAUCACACGCAGUCAGUUCAACUGCUGCAAAUCAUCUCAAGAGACGGAGUAAGAGAGAGAGCGAACGUGGAAGCGCAUAAGGAAUGAUGUUAAGCAAAACAAAAUAAAAUCUAAAUUAAACUAAAUUAAUGUGGACAACCGUAAAAAAACAAAACACAAAAAACUACAACAAAACAUAGUAAACAGCAGCAGUAGCAGCAGUAGACGCUACUUGAUAUCGUUGACGACCCGUAUCGUUAGUUAUUGCUGAGCUGGACAACCCCAGAACCCCCCAGAACAGUAACAACAACCACUAGCAAACUUCAAAAUAAAACUUCACCAUCACACUCCAACACACCUAACUGCAUGCAUGUUAAACGAAACGUAAAGGAAGAAAAAGGUGAAAAAGAUAAACAAAAAAAAGGGAAAAGAUAGUGAUACUAUUAUCUAAAUGAGUGAAGAAACAAAACAGCAUACAAGACAAGCAAAGAACAAGAAAAAAAACCAACGCGGCAAACACGAGAAACCAACAAAUAAUAAAAGCAAAUCAUUA